GGCUUAUGAUUAGAAGAUUUAUAAGGAAGCACAACCUCAAGAAAGAUAUUUUGGAAGCCGAAUCAAGACUGGCGUUUUGUAUUGCAAGAGAAGUAAAAUUUCAAAUUUCUGAUCUGCCUCCGAAGCUGAUAGCAGAACAAACAUGCUCUCCAUUUGACACACAAGUUCCCAUACCAGAUAGAGUUUUAAUUGAUGGCCUUAAAUGUUGGAUAUUGGAAGCUUGGCGCAAUGUUAAGAGAUGUAGCUAUGUGCAAUGCAACUCGGGUAGGGAAGACUGUCAGGUACCACCAUCAGAUACUAGACCUGUUCCUACUCAAUUUAAGUGCCGAGCCACCAAUCCAAGAUUAUUAAAGGUGUAUGCAUUUUGUGUUGAUACAACCAAGAGAAGACGUCAAUACCACAUGAAGCAUUUUACCAUUCCUCUUCCUCAGUGUUGUACUUGUGUCAGAUUCGAGUGUCGAGCGAAAGGAUGAAUAAUUACAAU